UUUGAAAUGUCGUCCAUUACUGGUCUGCAGGGCUCUGCGUCGGCGGCCAUUGCAGCCAUUCAGCAGUCGAACGCGCAAGUCCAACCCGAGCUCAUGCAGGAAGUCAAGCUGUACACGACAGCCAAGGAGCGCGAGCUCUACGACAACAUGGCAGACCUGUUCGCCAUCAUUCAGACGCUAAACUACCUCGAAAAGGCCUAUGUCAGAGACUCAAUCUCACCCAGCGAAUAUACACCGGCGUGCGAAAAGCUCAUCGCGCAGUUCCGAACGGCGAAAAGCAUGCUGAAAGACCAAGUGCCGUCGAUUGAAAAGUUUAUGGGCGAUUACAAGCUCAGCUGCCCGGCGGCGUACCAAAGGUUGCAAAUCGGCGUGCCAGCCACUGUGGAGCACGGCGGCACUGGCGAAUCGACCUCUGCUCGCAACGCUGCCGUCCACGUCGCCGAAACGGUCCAAUCGUUCAUCACACUGAUGGAUUCCAUCAAGCUGCAAAUGUCUGCCGUGGACGAGCUGCAUCCGCAGUUGAAUGACCUUCUCGGAAGCAUGAACAAGCUCCCGUCGCUCUCUGCCGACUGGGAAGGCAAGGUGAAUCUCCGGGAAUGGCUCGCCAAAAUGAAUGCCAUGCAAGCCAGUGACGAACUCACUCCAGAGCAGCUGCGGCAACUAUUAUUCGAUCUUGAAAAGCACCACAAUGCGUUCUAUCGCUCUCUUGCUAGUUGAUUGUUGACUGUUGGUUGGAUGUGUCGGUGUUGCGGCAAGAAUGUCAACAAAGCAAUUCAUUGGCAGCUUAUAGGAACUGUCCCUCGUCACCCAAUGCUCUUGGGGAAAAAUACCCAUUUAGUUGGAUGCUUGGCGAUGGACAAAUGUGGGUCAGAAAGAAAAAAAAACUGUUGUUACAUUGAAAAUGAAAACAAAAAAACUGG